AUGACCUUGUCUACGGACUCGAGCUCAGCCCUGACUCAGCACUCCAAAGACCCUUCCACUGGUACGGAAGGCGAGGGAGCCUCCGCAGCCAUCACACUCACUGUCGAUGAGACCAACAUGAGCCAGAUCCGCAAACUCAAAGGGGAUCCGGUCGCAAUGUGGAAUAAACUCGAGUCUAUUCACAAUGCAAAGACAUCAGCGACCCGCUUCAAUGCGCUUGAGGCAUUCUUCACCAAGACGAAGGCCGAAGGAGAGCCUUUGGUGUCGAUCACAGCCGCCACCAAUGCCCUCGAGGAGCAAUUUAGAUCACUCUGGACGACAGACUACGAUGUAGACGCACUACUGAACGACCUCGCUAUGAUGUCAAGCCUCCGCAUGAUCCCGCCUGAAUCAAUUCACGUCCGAACUUCGCUACUCUGCCAGCCAAAUCUCACCCGAGAUGUAAUAGAUGCAGCUCUCGUCAACGAGGACAAUCAGCAGCGCAGGAACUCGCAGCCAGCCAUCGCACUCCGGCCACUUCCCAGCCCAUUACUUAUCGCAGUACACCUCCCCACUCCUCACGACCAAAGCCCACGGCCGCUGAACGCACACCAGGUGCCAUAUGCGAUCAUUGUGGCAAACGGAACCAUACAGCCGCCCAGUGCUGGUCGAAGGCUGAAGCGACUCGUCGCAAGCAAGAGGCCGCACGUGUUGCCAGCACUACAGACGGAUCAACUACUGUACCAAAUGCCCAUGCCGCCUAGCAAGUACCCUCUCCUUACCAUCCACGGCUAG